AUGGUUCCGUCAGAGAUCGAGCCAUCUAUGUCGGAAUCUGAUAAUCGUUUCGCCAAUCUAAGAGGCGUACAGUGGCGCGUGAAUCUCGGUGUUCUUCCGUUUCAUGCUUCUUCCAUCGACGAUCUCCGCAGAGCAACAGCUGAAUCUCGCAGAAGAUAUGCUGGUUUAAGGAGACGCCUCUUGAUAGAUCCACAUUUAAGUAAAGAUGUUCGAAAUUGUCCUGAUCUCUCAAUCGACAAUCCAUUAUCACAAAACCCAGAUAGUACAUGGGGUCGAUUCUUUCGUAACGCGGAGCUAGAGAAAACAUUGGAUCAAGACUUGUCAAGAUUGUAUCCAGAGCAUUGGAGCUACUUCCAAGCUCCUGGAUGUCAAGGAAUGUUAAGACGUAUUCUACUCUUGUGGUGCCUUAAACAUCCUGAGUACGGAUACCGACAAGGAAUGCAUGAGCUUUUGGCUCCGUUGCUUUAUGUGCUUCAUGUGGAUGUUGAUCGUCUCUCUGAAAAGUUCUUAGAGGAUUUCACAGACGAUGAGAUCGGUGGUAUUCAAGGAAACUCAAAGAAGAUCAAGACUCUAGAUGAGCUUGAUCCUGAAAUCCAGUCCAUUGUCAUGUUAAGCGAUGCUUACGGAGCAGAAGGAGAGCUCGGGAUCGUCUUGUCGGAGAAGUUCAUGGAGCAUGACGCUUACUGCAUGUUUGAUGCUCUCAUGAGUGGAGCUCACGGUUGUGUCUCAAUGGCUGGAUUCUUCUCUUACACUCCAGCUAUUGGAUCACACAGGUUUACCUCCGGUUCUUGA